GCUGGAUAAAAGGUGUGGCUGUAUUGACAAAAUGGACACUUUUGUACUAAAAAGAAAGAGGAAUGAUGAAAGUGAUGCUGAUGUUAAAGAUCUCGAACCAGCAAGAAAGAGACGUGACUUUACCAGCAGUUCAGGAGAGUCCUUCCAUCUUUGUACUGAUGUUAUCACUAGAUUGGAAAGACCAGAAGUUGGACUCAACGUACUCUAUUAUCCUAGCUUCAUGAGUCUAGGAGAUUCUAAAACAGUUCUAAAGCAGCUGGAAGAGACCCUCGCUCCUUACUUUGAUCAAAGUCCUAAUAUUGUGAAGAUUGGAGGCAAAACUAUACCCAUACCAAGGCAGCAGACUGCAUUUGGUGAUAAAGGUUUAAAAUAUUCCUUCUCUGGGAUUAGCCUCAAUAGUAAUGCUUGGAUACCAAUAAUUAGUUCAUUGAAAAGUGCUGUGGAGUGGGCAAGCGGAGACAAAUUUAACUUUGUCCUUGUUAACCGGUACAAAAACGGGGACGACCACAUAGGAGAGCAUCGUGAUGAUGAGAGAGAAUUAGAUCCGCUUGGGAUGAUUGCUUCUCUCUCUUUUGGAGCCGAGAGAGAUUUCGUAUUCCGUCACAGUCAGUCUCGAGGUAAAAAUGCCAAGAGGAAAGACAUUAGUCCUGUAAAGAUAAACCUCUUGAGCGGAAGCCUCCUAUUAAUGAGGUCUCCUACAAAUAGAGAGUGGUACCACUCACUGCCUGUCAGGAAAGGUGUACGAGAUGUAAGGAUUAAUCUCACGUUCAGAAGAAUGGUUAUAAACGACAGAUCAACACAGAGCAUUUUAAAGCAUGACUAAUUAUUGCACUAUUUUCUGUGUAUAUGAACAACGUUUAUAAAUAAUUAUAACAUUAA